AUGGAUGAACUGAAAGAGGAGAAGUUGAAAGAGAAAGCGGAGCGAGAACGAGCAGCACGACCUGGCGGCGGUGUCAAUGCCCUAAUGAUGGCCGGCGCUCUGGCAGACGAUACUGUUCCUAUGCCACGGAUACGUGAAUCAGAAGCUCGAGCCACUCCGAGUAAGGAGCAAGAGGCAGACAAGGCUGCAGCCAAAGCGGAGGAAAAUGAACUACCGGAACCUUCAGAUCAAAAGGUUCUGCUGCUCAAGAGUCUGCUAGCUAUUGGCGCCCUUCCUGAAGCCCUUUUGAUCCUGAGCAAGUUCCCUUGGCUGAUGGACGUCUACACCGAACUUCCUGAAUUCAUUCACCGUAUCUUACAUCACUCUUUGAGUAAGGUCUACGCUUCGCUACGUCCUCUACCUUCUGUCGACGGACUUCGGGAUCAGCAACAGAUCCCCAGCCUGGACCAGUCCAGUGUACCUAAGGGACAGGUUCGUCUGAAUCAGGCGCCUCCGAGGAGGGUCCUUCGAUGGGCCCAACUUGACGUGGAGGAUGAACAUGAUGGGACGGAUUACCGUUUCUAUUGGGACGACUGGGCGGACAAUGUUCCUAUCUGCCAGUCUGUCGACGACGUGUUCGCUCUCUGUUCUUCGUUCCUCAACCUGUCUGGCCACAAGAUUGGACAGGAUGCGGCUUUGCUCUCGAAAUUGGCACGGAUCGGAAGAGACAGUUUAAGUAAGGACGGCUCUCAAGAGAACCGAGCCCGUUGGCAGGAUUUGUGCAAGCGUCUUUUGGUUCCCGCUAUCAGUUUGACCAAGGCCAACCCCGGUGUUGUCAAUGAAGUUUUCGAUCUCAUCAGUUUCUUUUCCCGUGAGGUCCGAUACAAUAUGUACGCGGAAUGGUACUUUGGGCAAACUUCGCGACUUCCCGACAUCAAAUCAGCAUUCGACCAAGCUAGGGCCGAAACCAAGGACACGCUCAAGAGACUGAGCAAAACGAAUAUCCGUCCCAUGGCUCGUGCGCUGGCGAAGAUUGCAUACGCAAAUCCAGGUAUUGUCAUCAACGUCGCCAUCAGCCAGAUCGAAUCCUACGAGAACCUCAUCGAGGUUGUUGUGGAGUGUGCCCGUUAUUUCACAUACCUCGGAUAUGAUAUUUUGACAUGGUCUCUGAUCAACUCCCUUGGUCAGAAAGGGCGGAGUCGUGUCCAAGAAGGAGGUUUACUAACCAGUCGGUGGCUGAAUGCGCUGGCUACCUUCGCUGGCAGGACUUUCAAGCGAUACUCUGUCAUGGACCCUACUCCAGUGCUGCAGUAUGUGGUAGAGCAGCUGCGGCACAAUAACUCCACUGACCUUAUUGUCUUAGAGCAGAUGAUCAGCUCCAUGGCAGGUAUUAUUACGGACAGCAGUUUCAACGAGUCACAAAUCCAAGCCAUGGCAGGUGGCGAUACCCUCCAAUCACAGACGAUUCUGCAGCUGUUAGACAAGCGACACGAGUCCAAGACGACUUCGAAGCGGCUAAUGAAAUCCCUUACCGUUUCAAAGCUUGCCGGCCAGUUGCUCGUUGCUAUUGCACAAGAGCGGUGGACCUGUAUCUUCCAGGAUGAGAGUUCUUCCGAGUUGAAGCUCUCGGGUAACAUAUUCGACGAAAUCCACCGUAUUCUUACACAGUAUCUCGAUUUGCUGCGCAGCAAUAUGUCGGUCGAGGAGUUCGAUUCGUUUGUUCCUGAUCUGCCUACUCUCAUCAAAGGAUUCGGUGUGCAGCCUGAACUCGCUUUCUGGAUUCAACGACCGAGCAUCGGAAAGAAAAUCGCCGAGGUAGAACGUGCGGCCCAGGAGGACGAAGCUGCGGCGAAAACUCGUGAAAGUGAGGAAGCAUCAUCAGCAACGAAGGCUGAGGAUGGUCAGGAGAUGGCAGUUGAUGGUGAGCCAACAGCCAAGGCGGAGGAAGCAACAGCCGAAGGGGCCAUGGAUGUGGACAAGCCGCAGCCUCAAAGCUUAAACGAAUCGGAUGGCACUCUUGCUCCUGAGCAAACCGCUGCGAACGACAAUGGUAAUUCCGAACCCCCUGCGUCGAAUGCUGUCAUCCAAGAUCUCGAAGGACAGAUCCAGUCUGUCUUGCCGGUCGAAACGUACGGCAUCGUUGGUUUGCGUUUCUACGUUAUUUUCUGGCAAUUAUCGCUUUACGACGUGCAUGUCCCUCAGAAAGCGUAUGAAGAUGAAAUUGACCGCCAGAAGAGGAAGGUGGUUACAAUUAACAACGAUCGAUCCGACAUCAGCAUGGCCGGUACUCAGAGGAAGGAACGAGAAAAAAAGCAGCUCACUCAGCUUCAGGAACGGAUAUUGGAGGAAAACAAAACUCAUCUCAAGGCGUACGGCCAGACCAGGAUAAGAUUGCAGAAAGAAAAGGACCGGUGGUUUGCUGGCAUGCGAGGAAACUACGACACUUUGAAUGUUUCCUUGUUGGAGCAGUGCUUUGUGCCUCGUUUGCUUCUGUCGCCUAUCGAGGCUUUCUACUGUUUUAAGAUGCUUAAGUUCUUGCAUACCUCCGGGACACCGAAUUUCCGGACUGUCGGAUUGUUGGAUCAACUGUUCCGUGAGCAAAGGGUUACGGCCCUCAUCUUCCAAUGUACCUCAAAGGAAGCUGACAAUCUCGGGCACUUCCUCAACGAAACCCUACGGGAUCUCGGUCGCUGGCAUGCGGACAAGGCAGUCUACGAGAAGGAGGCAUUCGGAACGAAGAAGGACCUCACCGGAUUCGCCACGUCCGUUGGCUCUGACGGCAAGCCAACAAUGUUCUUAGACUAUGAGGACUUCCGUCGACUUCUGUAUAAAUGGCACCGUAUCCUGGCCUCAGCACUCAAGAUCUGUCUGAACGGGGGCGAAUACAUGCACAUUCGAAACGCUAUCAGUGUACUCAAGGCAAUUGUCCAACAAUUCCCCGCAGUAAACUGGAUCGGUCGUGACAUCUUGAAGAGCGUCAACAACCUGAGCCAGAACGACGAACGCGAUGAUGUGAAGACACCCGCUGCUUCGCUGAUCGGUGACCUCAACCGGAGAGAGAAGAAAUGGAUGCUUCCUCAGGCGUUUAAUGAGAUUAAGGGACCGAUCCCCGCGCAGCAACAGCAACAGAAGACUGAGCAAGCUCUGUCUGAUAAGGCUACGGCUGAGAAGGCUGGCGCUUCGGGAACGGUGACACCAACACCGUUGAAUGCGGCUGCGCCUUCGUUCAAGCCCCCAGGUGGCCAAGAAGCCGAAGGUGCCCCCAAGCCUGAACCGUCAAAACAGGAAGUUGAGGAUGGAGAGAUUGAGGACGCCAAAAUGACCGAUGUUGCAAUGAAGGGAACGGAAGGAGCUAAACAAGAACCUUCUGGGAAACCUGAGACGACACCACAGCAAGCUGAGCAACCUGUUACUGGUGGUCCGGAGGUGGCACCAACCGACAAGCCAGCCGAACCAGCAGCCAAACAACCACGCGCUUCAUCCGCUUCCGCUGUUUCUCAACCAGAGCCUCAGGCUCUAGAGAGACAAGCAGAUAUCCCCAAGCGUCCUGAAAUCGAGCGAUCUUCAUCCAGUGCAUCGAACAUUCGUGGAUUGCCUAACCGGCCAAUUCGCCAUGGGGAUGGAAGACUACCGCCCCGACCUGAACGACAACGACACCCGGGCCGCUAUGAUGGGGAGCAUGACCCCCAUAGCCAUGGUCUACUCGAGAGAGAUUUACCGACAAGGUUGCCUCCAGAUGAGCCAUUCCGUGGCCCUGCGUAUCGCGACGGUCGACUUCCUCGAGAACCUGAAUGGUUGGACCGAUCUGGACGGUUGCGCCCCGCACCUGAUGGCUUUGAUGGACGUUCUGACGGGGCACGCUUACCCCUUGAAGCGCCAAAUGGUCCACGACCAGGCCCACAGACGCAUCCUGACCGUGCCGGAUUAAUCCAUGAGCGUCCAGACCGGGAUCGACGCGGGCCUCCUCCGAGAGGCCUGUCACCACCGAGAUCGUCAGAUCUCCCUGGCCGCCUUGAACGCUUCCCUGGCGAUGAUCGACGUUUCGCCAAUUACCCUCCAGGUUCGCGACUUGAUGAUUUGCCUACGGGGCCGCGCAGCGAACGUCCAGGGCGAGAGAUUCAUGACCCAAGAGAAACCCCAUCUGGUCCGGACAUGAGCCACGGGCGAUUGCGCCAGCCGGAACCUGCAGAGAUUCCUUCUGGGCCACGCUCAAGAAACCGUGGUGGUCGCGGAGCAUCUGGACCUCAACCCCCGCCUCCGCCUCCGGCGGGAGGCAAUGAGCGCCAACCGCCAAUGGGACCGAAACAGCAACCGCCAGGAGCACCAGCAUCACCUGCCGGUGAUCGGUUGGACAAUAGCGGAAUUCACCCAGACCGUCUCAAGGCAUUACAGCAGCAAGGCAAUGAGUAUGGCGGCGGACGAUCUCAGCAACCACCUUCACCAGGGAUUGCCCCUCCAUCUGGGCCCCGUAGUUCAUUUGCCCCGCCAUCAGGCCCAGCACCUAUGCCUCGUGGAGCACAGCCUUCAGGAUCUGGUGGUGGUGGUGGUGGCGGCGGUGACAGAGGACGAGGAGACAAACGAUUCGCUGGAAUCAACAAUAUGCUUCAGCAAUCGGCGGGCCCCGCAGAUCGCAGUGGACCUGGUACAUCGAUCCGAGGCCGAGGCGCGAACCGCUCCGCCGCUGCGAUGAACGCGCCAUCUCCGCAGUCUACCCCAUCCGGCGGUACACCUGAUGAUGGAAGUCGCACUGUCUCAUCUUCUUCUCAACAGGGUCGACCUGACCUUCUGGCGGAUCGGAUCACCAGCGCUUCCCGAGGAGAUGAAGGGCAUUCGCGUAGGAGUCUUGGUGGUCGAGGUGAUUUGAUCGAUGAACCUGGCUCUGAGUCACGGCGUUCUUCGCAGCGAUACUCAGAACGAGAUCGUGACCGUGACCGCGAGCGAGAAAGGGAUCGUGAACGGGACAGAGAUCGUGAGCGUGAUCGUGGUGACCGCGAGCGUGGUGAGCGCAGCGAUAGAGAUCGUGAACGCGAACGGGAUCGUGAGCGCGAGCGCGAGCGAGAACGAGAACGUCGUGCAGGAGAUGAAGAAGGAACACGCAGCAGCAGCCGACGGGAAGAACGCGAACGCGCUCGCGAAUAUGAACGAGAACGCAGCCGUCGGAGCGACGCUGGCGCGGCUGCCAGUCGGGACGACGCCCGCUACGAACCACCCCGAGAAGUACUACGACGGGGAGGCGGCAACCGUGACCGCAGAGAACGUCGCGAACGAGACGAAGGAGCUGCAGGAGACUUGGCUUCUCACGAACAUGAAGGCCGUCUACGACCUCCAUCCUCUAUGGGAGUACCACCUCCCCCGCCUCCUCCGCCCCCGCCCCUCCCAGGAAGUGCCGAGGAUGAAAGACGAUGGGGAGGUGGUGGUCGUGAGCGUGACCGCGAGCGCAACCGGGACCGUGCGCGAGACCGUGACUAUGGCGGCGGUAGCAGCGGCGGCGGUGGAGGCCAUCGCAAGCGUGGACGAGGCGGAGAUGACGGACAUGGUGAAGGAGGAGGCCGUGGAGGAAUGCGGAUGGGCAACGAGAACAAGCGGCCUCGUCGGGGGAUGUAA